CAGACUUGCGACCAGCACCAGAGAAUGCUCCCUCCUCGCACACCAAUUCCUCGAAUACCAGGGGCUGGCCGCUUCUCGCGGUCCCCUGUUCUCUACAAUCACCGCCAUGCAUCGCGUCCCUUCACACAGAACUCCCGACUUCAGGUUAUAUCCCCGCCGUUAGGUCGGCCUCAACUGCCUUUCCUCUCAUCCGCCGCAGGCACUCGGCCACUUCCACCCUUAUCUUUACAUCUCCGACAGCAUUUCGCACGCCUCGUAUCCACCGAGAGCCGGAGUUACUAUCGGCGCCGUCUCUCCAAUGGUCUGAAGAUCGGUCUGUCGUUUUACGCCAUCUUGGUUAUGUUCCAGGUCAUCAAGAUGGGCGUGUACCAGGAAGAAAUCGAACACCAAUGGCCCACGCCGCCGGAAUGGUCAUGGAAAAGCCGGUGGUGCUUGCGUUCGGCACAGGCACUGCAGAACCCCGAGCAGAUCGGCAAGCUGAUGACCAAUUGGCCCAUGGUUGCGGGAUAUCUGCGGGAUUUGUUGGAACGGCUUGAGAACCCAGAAGGAGAAGGAAAGGGAAUUGUAGAGCAAGAAGAUGGGGGAUUUCUAGUCACUGGUGUCGGGAAAACCGGGUUUGAUAUCACCGCGAAGAGUGAGCCGUGGCGACGAGGCUACUUCCAGGCUCUCAUAGGCGCUGCAAAGGCCGCGGAAAGUCUUGAGGGUUGGUUGACCGAUCGGAAGCAGCGUAUCUCUGCUCCUGCAGAGUACGUCGUUGGUCCCUCGAAUCCUCGUCCGAAGCCCAUGCCCGCUGGACAGAAGAAGGUCCCGCGAGAGGAAAACUGUGAGCCUGCCUCUCCCAGCCCGGAGACCUUCUACAUGAAGAUCUUGACGACACGAGGUUUCGACACGAGACAGAAAGUGGAGGCAGCCCUCUCUUAUGCGGAUUGGCUCGAAUACAAGGGCCUGAGGAGCACUGCGCAGGAUAUGUACAAUUGGGCUAUGGAUAUCGCGGCCGCUGGAUCGUCCGUGGAUGCCUCGAAAGUCGUGGACUUGAAGACAGGCGUCUUGAAGAACGAUGGGAAUAACUUGCCCUCCGAAAACAUCAUCCGAGUGUCCACUGCGCUUGCGGUCUACCAUGCCAAACAGGGCAACCUGCCCAAUGCACUAUCCAUCUUCACCUCGGUGCUGAAGGCUCGUCGCUCCCUUCCAGCCAACCCGUCAGACAGCGUCCUUCCAUUUUUCCCCUCUCUUCCUCGCUCGAGCAAUGACCCUUUCCGAACCCUUUUCAACGCCCUCAAGACAGUCCUCAUUCCUGUUGAAUACCCCCCACCUCAACCCUCGGGAGAUGAACCUCCGGUACGAACCGUCACCUCCGCCUGCGACGAAGCGGGUCUCAUGACCUACAUCGGGGAGAUCAUCUACGCAUCCUCCUCCAGGGAGUCCGGUCUAGCCUGGACCCGUGAUGCCGUCGAUAUGGCUGAAGCUAGCAUUCUCGAACUCGGUACCUCCGAAGAGGCCCGAAUCCCUCGCGAACGCUGCGCAGACUGUCUGCGAAUCGGCCUGAAUAACUGGAAAACCAUGGUCUCCCGUCUGGUCGUACAGGCCGAAAAGGAGGAACUGGAAGCUAUCGAAAAAGCGAAGACGGCUUGGUACGGUGGCCAGAAGCAAAUCCAGACCAAGUCUCUCGAGCGGAAGAGAUGGGAAGCCGAACGCAUGAUUCUGGACGACCGGGCUAGAAAGCUUACGCCCUUUGUUGACGACGACAGUGUCUUCCAGGGACUUGCACCUAACAGCUCGAUGUUUACCUAGCCCUAUUCAAUGCCCGGCUAACUAUCCUGUACUUUGUUUUAUUUUGACCCAUGCAUGGAAUUGAGGAGUUGAGGCGAGGGCAUACAUAUCCUUCAUAAGCGUUCGGGGUUCGUCAGGGACGGGGUCUUUCUCUUCUCUGUGUGUGAUUAUCUUACUGUAUAACUAACUGCAAAUAUAAAACUGCUGUUCGUUCAGG